GGAAAGGAGCAGGCGAAGAAGAAGUGGCUAAAAAAAACAACACGGGCACUUGGCUGUCUGUUAACAAACAAGGUUACACACUUAUCUGAGAGAUAACGGCCUGAUGCAUGAUGUGAGGUGUGAAAAAUACCUUUUGACACCUGGAUGCGGCUGCUGAUAUGGUUGACCUGAGAUUGACGCUCAGGAGCCCCCAGUCUCACUUUCUUAUGAGAGCCUGGGGAAAAUUUUUACCACAGAUUAUGGAUCUAGAUCCUCUUCCAUGAGAUUCCGAUUUCACAGCGCUGCAAUAAAACAGCUGUAAGGAAAAUGGAAAGAGAAGCAGCUGAGAAGGAGAUGGAUGACGUUACAGACGCUGACGAGGAGAUCCCUGAUGGUGAUUCCACCUCAGUAGCUGAGUCUAAUCAGUGGGAGGCCAAACCGACUGAUGAUGAAUGGGAGCAGGAAGAUAAAGAAGAUCUCAAAUCUCAGGACACCCCAAAUCCAGCCACUCAACGAGACUCCGGAAUUGGUGAAGCAGAGUAUUGUGGAUCUACUGAGGCCAAAGAGGAUACUGAGGAGGUUUUAGAUGGGUUUGAUCAUAGCGACACUGCAGAUCAUGAGAACUUGCAUGUUAUAAAUCAAGAAGAGGAUGAAGCUGCGAAGGAGAAGCACAUGAACGGGGAGUCUGGUUGGAGGAACGUUGGGCCUGGACGGAGAUGCAAAUUGAGGAGCAGUGGAUCAGUUUCAGAGCAGGGUGGUCAAAGUGCUUUUUCUUCCAUUCAAAAAGGCAAUGUAACGUCCAGUGGUGGUCGACACAAGCAGACCCGCAGACGUAACCACCACCACCAUCAGCAGAACCGAGGACGCAGGCGGACAGGCAACCAGCUCGUCUUAGCUUUCAAGGAGAUGCUCUCAGAGUCUCUGAGCUUCUGGUGCAUCUCCUGCGUCCACAUGAUGAUCGAGAUUAUUGUCACAAUAACUCAUAAUUGUGGAGUUGGUGUGGAGACUGGAGGGAUGAAACUAUACAACCUUGGGCAGCAGCUCCUUGUAAAGAUCACAGAUGUGGGAGGACUGAAGGCAGACGCUAGUCGGAUACUGAAAUGGACUAAAUGCACAGGAACAGACAUGGUGGAUAAAAUUGUUCGGUUAGUAAAGUGGGUAAAGACAGCUGCCUUAUCCUGUCUGAGACUUUUCUGUGCUUUGGUUAUUCUCGGCUUCCAGUGGGCAAAAAGUGCGUUGGUUCGUCUUGGUGGCGAGAGGGCAAAACGCUAUUGGACAGCUUUUCAGGAGUCAAGGUUUUGGAAGAGGGUGGUGUCCCUGCUGGAGAGAGUCCGAAGCAGGUUCAGGAGGCAUGGCCGUGUUCCACCGUCCAGCCCUGACUCACCCGGCAGAGCAGGGAGAAGCCAGCCAGGCCAGGAGCUGGAGAGACUGCUGGCCUUGGCUGAGGUACCAGAAGAAGAGCUCGACCCCUUUACGGUGCUCGGUGUGGAGGUGCAUGCCACUGAGGCUGAACUGAAGAAGGCCUACAGACAGCUGGCUGUCCAGGUCCAUCCAGACAAGAAUAAACACCCACGAGCUGGAGAGGCGUUCAAAGUUCUGAGGGCUGCCUGGGAUAUCGUCAGUAACCCAGAGACACGACGAGAGUAUGAGUUGAAGCGUAUGGCAGCAACCGAGCUCUCAAAGUCCAUGAAUGAGUUUCUUACUAAGCUGCAGGAUGACCUGAAGGAAGCCAUGAACACCAUGAUGUGUACCAAGUGUGAAGGCAAACACAAGCGGUUCGAGAUGGAUCGUGAACCUGCAGAAGCCCGGUUCUGUGCUGAGUGCAACUGUUGCCAUAGUGCUGAGGAGGGGGACCUCUGGGCCGAGUCCAGCAUGUUGGGCCUACGUAUCACAUACUUUGCCUGUAUGGAUGGCAAAGUGUAUGAUAUUACAGAGUGGGCAGGUUGCCAGCGAAUAGGCAUUUCUCCUGACACCCACCGAGUGCCGUACCACAUCUCUUUUGGUUCCAAAAACAACAGCAACUCCACACGACACAGGACGCCCUCAGAGCCCGCCACAGGUCCGACCAACCCCGCAGAUCUGCAAGACUUCUUCAACCGCAUCUUCAAGGGAGGACCUCCUAAUGACAUGGCUGCCAAUGGGGGCUUCUUCCCCUCAGGUCCACCCCAUCAACCCCCACCUGGAGCUGGAGCUGGAGCUGGAGCUGGAGCGCCUCCCUUCUCCCCUCCCCCGAGCCAGACAGGUUUCUUCAUGCCGGGGGGUCAACGGCCAGAGUCCAGCGAGACGUGGGCUGAAAGUGGCAAACCCCCCAGAAGGAGGAAGAAGGUCCGCAAACCCUUCCAGAGGUGAAGUCUGUU